AUGGAUUCGUCACCGCUCGUCAAGGCGCACGACCACGCGCAAGCCGCCGCCGUCGCCACCCGCCAGUCCGCCGACACGACCGUCGCCAUCAGCGAGCACACCCUGGCCGCAGGCGAGUUUGCCAACGCCGCCCGGAACACGUCGAGCAUCGAGGCCCUCCGUACACUCCGGCUCCUCGAGGCACACCACAAGCGGCUGGCCGAGCUGCUGAAGCUGUCGCCCGACACUCACGUGCACGCCGGCGGUGACGCUGACGAAAAGGCCUUUGGCGAAAAGGAAGCAGACGACGAUGCGGGCAGCAAGGCGUCAGCAGGCGGCGUGACAUCAUCAUCAUCAUCGAGGACAAGUUCAUCGCCGCAUAUGCCAGGACUCGCGCAGCCGCGGCGCCACGCAGCGCGGGACAUGUCGUCGUCGAUUGCGAGCAACCUGGCCUCGGCGCGCGGUAUACGCUCCAAGUAUCGCGGGCAGCCGCUGAGCCCCAGUGUCUCCAACGACCAGGCGCCCGGCAACGUCGACCCGCACCCGCGGAGAGACGGCUCUAGGACCAAGAUGCAGACGCUGAUAGACCACCAGCCCGGCAAGCCGACCUGGGUGCCGCCGCCCAUGCAGUCGUCGAGAUCAGAUGCCCGCCAGAGAUCCGCCUCGGCGCCACAGAACAGCCAACAGCAAAGUCCGAAGCCCAAUACAGACGACGCUGGCUAUACAAGAUUCUAUAAUACCUUUGGUAGCCUCAUAAAUAAAAUAUCGGCGCCUCUGGCAUUCGCUGGCCUGCCGCUCAUCCAGGAAGAGUCCACCACGUCGGAGCAAGAGGCGCCCGAGCCGUCGCAAGCAAGGAGAAGACCAAAGACGGUUCCGUCUCCGAGCGCCGAGCCGGACCUGUCCAAAAUUUAUUCCAAGGCUACUAUGCGUAUUCUAGCGCGCGAGGGUCAUGCCCCUCAUGAAUCUUUCUACGUCGUACCUACAACUGGUCACACCAUGUCUUACGCGAAUAUCCUCAGCUACGCUGAGAAGGAGAAGCGUCGUCUGGGCAGCUCUUUACAUGGAAGUGCAGAGUCUGCCAUGGGUGAGGAGGAAGAUGAUGAUUUUGUAGAUGCGCGUGAGCUGCCCGUCGCUCUAUCGCCAGGUGCGAAGCGGCGUGUGGGCAAAUCCUCGCAUACAGAACGGCAGCUCAACAAUACGAUUGAGGAGCUGUAUACAGAGAACCAGUCCCUCAAGGAUAUGCUAGAUAAGCUCUCGAAGCGACUGCACACAUUUGAGGCGAGUGCGCAGAGCUCUGCCAUGGCUCUGGCUGAAAGCUAUCGCCUAAUGAGGCCCUCUUCACCAAAUGCCUCUGCAAAGCCCGACGAUGGCGCCGCGGCGGCUCUGCUACGGAAGAGCCAGGAGACGGAGCAGCAACUGGCGGCGGCAACCAAGCAAAUGGAGCGACUUGAAAAGGAUAACCGUAAAAUGCAAAAGACAUUAGAGAAAUACAGAGACAAAUGGGAGUUGCUGAAAGCUGGAGCCAAAGCCCGCCGAGAUGGCCAGAGAACAGAUGUCACGGAAGACGAUAGUCAGAGCUAG